UUGGAGUAGUCUUGCUGACUUGUUGUGAAAUUUCAUUUUUCACCAUGAAAAUAAAGAUAUUCAGCUGAUAUUUCUCGAUUUAUUCACAGAUUGGGUCUCCUCCAAACCAGUCAAGAUGGCGGCUCUUCCUAGAUUGACAGGAUUCCUCCGUGCAUUUGCUGGUGAAGACGGUCAUGACUAUGGUGCCCUGAACAAUCUUGGAAAGAAACAGAAAUUAAGGGCUGAGAGGCAGAGUCAGAGAGGUCUAACUUGGACCAAAUUGCUGAAUCUUCUUCAUAAACAUGCAUCUGCCAGUAGAAGCCAAGUUGAGAAUGACUUGAGAGAGUUGGUGCGAUAUGCUGCAGAGAUUGCUGGACGUGAAAACACAUCUGACAUGUUGGAAAGUUCAGCAGCAUUCUUGUUCGAGACGUUUAUCGAUGCAGCUAGUGUAGGCCAUCAGCAAACAGUCAAACUGCGUGGACUCUUUGGACCAUUCCCUGCAUCGUCUGCUACAAAAGCCUGUGCCCUUGUCGGUAGAAUUCUAACGAACCUACCUGAUCAUGUUGUUGAUGAUUUGAUUGAAUCACUCAAGAGUGGUGAAGAUAACAAGGUUGAGUUUGGAACUGGUAUCAAGUUUGUAUUCCCACAAGGUGAUGAUGACAAUAGUGAUGAUGACUUGACAUCUGAAUCUGAUGAUGAUGAAGAUGCUGCGAUGGACUUUGAUUUCAAGUUCAAGGUACCAGCUGCUGGGCCAGUGGAGGGUGCAACAGCUGGUGCUGAAAAGGAACCAGGCAGCGGACCAUGGCUUUUGGCUCAAGUUGAACUGUACUUCCCUGGUGAUCAUAUUUCUGUGUCUGAGAUGGCAACAACUGUUUUGAACUUACUGAAGUCUUCCAAGACGGAUGAUGAACUUCAGAACGAGCUGUUUGAUCUUCUUGGGUUUGACCGAUUUGAGUUUAUUCAGAGUUUGUUCCAGAGUCGGUCAAAGUUGCGGAAAGUGUCCGUUGAGAGUUUGAAUAAUGAGCCACCCCCAAGGAUAAUUCAAGCAGUUAAGGUUCCAAAGGAGAAGAGACCUAACUAUGGCUGCCAAGUAACUGUCGAGACUGUUGAAGAAAAGGCUAUGAAGAAGUUGAUGAGGAAGGAAGAGAAGAAGACAUCAAGAAAGGAUGGCGGAGCAGACUUCGAAGACAGUGGGGAAUUCAUGCUAGACCCGCAACAACUGAGGGUUCAGAGGGAGUUAGCUCUUCAGAAGGCAAUGACUGCUCCCUUAUUCAGCCGAGGCAAGAAAGGAGACUAUCCAGAACCCGAGGCCUAUCCAUAUGUUUUUGAUAGAAAUAUCGAGGCGAGGAAAUCUUCAGCUUUCAUCAGUGGAACAAAGAUGACUCUUCCUGAUGGCUUCAGUCGCAAAACGUUCGACUCGCAUGAAGAAGUUAUCAUACCUCCAAGUGAUCCACCUCCAUUAAAUAUCGGCAAAACUCUGGUUCCUAUAUCAUCUUUGGAUGAGAUUGGCCAGCUAGCAUUCCAAGGGAUGAAAUCCCUCAACAAGAUCCAGUCGAUAGUGUUCGCCACUGCCUACAAGACCAAUGAAAACAUGCUUAUCUGUGCUCCAACUGGUGCUGGUAAAACAAACAUUGCUAUGUUGGCUGUGCUGCAUGAACUCAAGCAACAUCUGUCACAAGGCGUAAUCAAGAAGGAUGAGUUUAAGAUUGUUUAUGUUGCUCCCAUGAAAGCUCUGGCUGCUGAAAUGGUGAGGAACUUUGGAAAGAGGCUCGAAGCCUUGAAUAUCACAGUUAAAGAACUCACUGGUGACAUGCAACUUACAAAACAAGAGAUCCUCAAGACCCAGAUGCUAGUGACAACACCAGAAAAAUGGGACGUGGUGACAAGGAAGAGUACUGGAGACGUCGCCCUGACUCAACUCGUCAAGUUACUUAUCAUUGAUGAGGUUCAUUUACUGAAUGAUGACAGAGGACCAGUCAUUGAAAGUCUGGUAGCUAGGACGCUCCGACAGAUUGAAUCAUCCCAGAAUAUGAUACGGAUAGUUGGACUGUCAGCCACCCUGCCCAAUUACAUGGAUGUAGCAAGGUUCCUAAACGUCAACCCUUGGACUGGCUUGUUCUUCUUUGAUGGGCGCUUCAGACCUGUUCCUCUUGGAAUGACCUUCGUAGGUAUCAAUAGUACCAACAAAAUGGACAUGCUCCACAAGAUGAAUAAGGUUUGCUACGAGAAAGUCCUAGAGCAGGUCAGAAGAGGCGAGCAGGUGAUGGUGUUUGUCCAUGCCAGGAAUGAGACGGUCAGGACUGCCAUGCUGCUGAGGGAAAUGGCCAAGAAUAUGGGAGAUAUUGUGCUAUUCUUGGCAGAGCAAAAUCCAAAAUAUGGUGAUGCAAUGAAGCAGAUAAGCAAAUCGCGGAACAAAGAACUCCGUGAACUGUUUCCUGAUGGUUUUGCGACACAUCAUGCUGGCAUGCUGAGACAAGAUCGCAACCUCGUAGAGAAAUAUUUCGGGGCUGGUUUGGUGAAGGUGUUGGUCUGCACUGCAACCCUUGCCUGGGGUGUCAACUUGCCUGCUCAUGCAGUCAUUAUCAAGGGUACAGACCUGUAUGAUGCCAGAAGAGGUUCUUUUGUUGAUCUUGGGAUACUCGAUGUGCUCCAGAUCUUCGGUCGUGCUGGUCGACCACAGUUUGACAAGUAUGGUCAGGCGACGAUUAUCACUGCCCAGGCGAAGCUCGCUCAUUACUUGUCACUGCUCACCCGACAGAAUCCUAUUGAAAGUCAGUUCACCGCCAGCUUAAAGGACAACCUGAAUGCAGAGGUGUCCCUCGGUACAGUUACAAAUGUGGACGAGGCUGUGAAAUGGCUCAGCUACACGUACCUGUUUGUGAGGAUGCGGUGUAACCCAUUAGCAUACGGUCUGCCUUACGAUUGUCUAUCAAAUGAUCCAAACUUGGAUAAUCAUCGGAGAGAGCUUGUGGUCAUAGCUGGACGAGCUCUUGACAAGGCCAAGAUGAUCCGAUUUGAGGAGAGAACCGGGUACAUGUCUGCAACUGACCUGGGAAGAACUGCCAGUCAUUUCUAUAUCAAGUAUGAGACCAUGGAGGUCAUCAAUGAGAAGUUUGCACCAUUGAUGACGGAGGGAGAUGUCAUAGGAAUGGUGUCGCAAUCCCAGGAGUUUCAGCAGAUCAAGGUCCGUGAUGAAGAACUUGAAGAGAUGGAGGUCCAUAUGCACUCUGACUGUCACAUGCCUGUUGCCGGGGGUGUUGAGAACCCUCAUGGCAAGGUCAACAUCCUACUGCAGACAUACAUCUCAAGGGGAUAUGUGGACGGAUUCUCCCUUGUAUCGGACAGUGCAUAUGUAGCUCAGAAUUCUGGCCGAAUCAUUCGAGCCCUCUUCGAGAUGGCCCUCAGGAAAGGCUUGCCCAUCAUGGCUGGGCGUCUGCUGGCAUUGAGCAAGAGUAUUGACAAGCGGCUCUGGGGAUUCGAGCAUCCGUUGAGGCAGUUCAAUACCUUGGGACCGGAGAUUCUCCAUAAGAUUGAGGAGAAGAGGUUGACCAUUUCCAGGCUUCAGGAAAUGGAUCCAAAGGAAAUAGGUCACAUGGUUCGUCACGUCCGCAUGGGGACGACCAUCAAGAAAUGCGUGAACGAACUCCCUUCGGUGGCACUAGAAGCAACAAUCCAACCAAUCACUCGAACCGUGCUGAGAGUGAGACUUAGCAUUACACCAGAAUUCACGUGGAAUGAUCGCGUCCAUGGAAAUACGUCGGAGUCUUUCUGGAUCUGGGUGGAGGACCCGGAUAAUAACCAUAUCUAUCAUCAUGAAUACUUUGUGCUUCAGAAGAAACAGGUUUUGAAUCAGGAGCCUCAACAGCUUAUCUUCACCAUCCCAAUCUUUGAACCCCUCCCAACACAGUACUAUGUGCGGGCCACGUCAGAUAGAUGGUUAGGCUCAGAGGCUGUGUGUGCCAUAUCAUUCCAGCAUCUCAUCCUACCAGAGAGACAUCCACCCCACACAGAUUUGCUUGAUCUACAGCCAUUGCCGAUUACUGCUCUCAACGAUCCUUCGCUGGAAUUGCUGUACAAGUUCAGUCACUUCAAUCCGAUUCAAACUCAGAUAUUCCAUACCGUCUACCACACGGAUUGCAACGUCCUACUUGGAGCACCUACAGGUUCUGGCAAGACUGUUGCUGCUGAGAUGGCCAUCUUCAGGGCUUUUAGAGAGUACCCAAAGUCAAAGGCCGUGUACAUUGCGCCAUUGAAAGCUCUAGUCAGGGAGAGGAUGGAGGAUUGGAAAAUAAGGGUUGAGAAGAAACUGGGAAAGAAGGUGGUGGAGUUGACUGGAGAUGUGACUCCGGACCUACGUGCAAUAUCCAAAGCUGACCUGAUCGUGACGACACCGGAGAAGUGGGAUGGUAUCAGUAGAAGCUGGCAGAAUCGGAGCUAUGUGAAGGCAGUGUCAGUGCUGAUUAUUGAUGAGAUACAUCUCUUAGGUGACGACAGAGGGCCUGUACUGGAAGUUAUCGUAUCUAGGACAAAUUUCAUCUCAUCUCAUACAUUGAAGCCUGUGAGAGUGGUUGGCCUGUCGACUGCCCUGGCUAAUGCGAGAGACUUGGCUGACUGGCUUGGAAUCAAAGAGGUUGGUUUAUUCAACUUCCGUCCAUCUGUGCGACCUGUUCCGCUGGAAGCUCACAUUUCAGGCUUCCCUGGGAAACAUUACUGUCCAAGAAUGGCCACGAUGAACAAGCCUACAUUCCAAGCCAUCCGUACCCACUCUCCAUUGAAACCAGCCCUGAUCUUCGUGUCGAGCAGACGUCAGACCAGGCUGACUGCCAUAGAUCUGAUCGCCUACUUAGCAGCAGAAGACAACCCUAAACAAUGGAUGACAAUGCCUGAGAUUGAGAUGGAGAACAUCAUCACUGGUAUCAAGGACACUAACUUGAAGCUGACUCUUGCCUUUGGUAUUGGUCUCCAUCAUGCUGGUUUACAUGAGAGGGACAGGAAGACUGUGGAGGAACUGUACAUCAAUCAGAAAAUACAGGUGCUGAUUGCUACAGCCACCCUGGCCUGGGGUGUCAACCUGCCAGCCCAUCUAGUCAUUAUCAAGGGCACAGAGUACUUUGAUGGCAAGCUCAGAAGAUAUGUCGACUUCCCAAUAACAGAUGUACUGCAGAUGAUGGGUCGGGCUGGGCGACCACAGUUCGAUGAUCAAGGCAAAGCUGUGAUACUUGUGCACGACGUCAAGAAGAAUUUCUACAAGAAGUUCUUGUACGAACCAUUCCCCGUCGAGUCCAAUUUGUUGGAGGUGCUACCAGAACAUUUGAAUGCCGAGAUUGUUGCUGGCACGAUCACAUCAAAACAGGAUGCCAUGGACUACAUCACGUGGACCUACUUCUUCAGAAGGCUUGUCAUGAAUCCGAGUUUCUACAACUUGGAUGACACAGACCAUGAACAGAUCAACAAAUAUCUGUCAGGCUUGGUGGAGAAAUCGCUCAAGGACCUUGAGAGUGCAUACUGCUGUGAAAUAGGAGAUGAUAGCCGCACAAUCGAACCGCUGACGUUAGGCCGGAUUGCCUCUUACUACUACCUCCACCACAGCAGUGUCCAGAUGUUCAGGAAUGAGCUACGGCCAGAUUCAACCAUUCCGGAACUCAUCGAAAUACUUUCAGACGCCCACGAAUAUGAUGAACUGCCUGUCCGACACAACGAAGACCAAAUCAACAGUGCUCUGGCUGAGAAGGUGCCUUUAGAAGUCAAUCCGCAUUCUUACGAUAGUGCCCACACGAAAGCUAACAUCCUAUUCCAGGCUCACUUCUGUCGGACAGUGUUACCUUGUACAGACUACUACACGGACACCAAGUCAGUCCUGGACCAAGCCAUACGUAUUCUUCAGGCGAUGCUGGAUGUGACAGCCGACCAAGGCUGGUUGGCGACGGCUCUCCGUAUCACCCAUCUUGUCCAGAUGGUCAUACAGGGGCGUUGGCUCCAUGACUCCAGCUUACUCACUCUUCCACACUUGGAGCUUUAUCACCUCUACUGUUUCAAGAAUCCUGAAGACAGUGGUUCAAGCAAGAAGACCCCCGUCAUGGACUGUCUGCCUGAUGUGCUUGCUGUUGUAGGAGACAGGUUCGAAACCAUGCUGUCCCUGCUUGAAAAUGAACUCACGCACACAGAAAUUGAUGAGAUAUUCCAAGUCUUGCUACAGCUACCCAUCAUUGGUGUUGAGCUGAGUGUCAAGGGCUGGUGGGAAGGCGAAGAUCAGAGGUCCAAGAUGGUACCAAUGCCUCGGAGUGCUGGUAGACGACAGGAGAGCGACUGGCUGCAGGUGCAUGCUGAUCAGGAAUACGUCCUGAAUAUACGACUAAGAAGGAAAAACAAACUUAAGAAACAUGACAGUAAAGCACAUGCACCCCGCUUCCCAAAAGUCAAAGACGAAGGCUGGUUCAUCAUCUUGGGUGAGGUUGAAACCCAGGACUUGAUCGCUAUCAAACGGCUUGGCUUUGUGCGAGGACAGACCAAUGUCCAGUUGUCGUUCUACACCCCAGAGGCUGUCGGAAGGGCAAUCUUCACGGUAUACCUGAUCAGCGACUCCUACCAAGGAUUGGACCAGCAAUACGACAUUUGUUUGGAUGUGAUUCCUGCGAGCAUUGAGGCUCAGGUGAACACCGAGUUGAAAGAUGAACUGGAUGGCCUUGACUUUGGGGAUGAUAAUUUUGGGGAUAAUACGUAACUGAAAUCUAUUGAUGUAGCCUUAUACUGAUAACUUUGUUAUCUCUCAUCCAUCAGUCCAGACCAGUUAAGUUUAUAGCCAAAGACAGGUUUCAUUUGAGUAAAUAAUGGUGAAUGCGGCCUUGCAUAUUCUGAAUAUCCAAAUGGCUAUUUCAAUGGUUGAGACCAACCAAUAUGCUUACCCUAUACCCUAUAACAAACGACCAUGUAGAUGGGAAGGAGCUAAUUUAUCGGUAAUUAUUAAGGACACAACUCGUCACUAGUUUUGUGUCAGUGGCAAGAGUAAUCUUAAUGGAGAGGUUCUAUUGUACUACUAUUUCCUUAUAUCUUAAUUUGAACUUGUGCUUAUAUUAUGAUGGAAGGCUUCUUGUAGUCUGCGGUCUAAUUAGUUCAUGUCAACUGAAAUCUUGGCUUAAUUAUAGGGUUGUGUGAUAAAUCUAUGUUAUUGUUUCAAAUAAAACAAAGUAUUUAUUUUAAAUUGAUUUCAUUAGUUGUAAUGAUUUGCUUCAGAAAAGGAAAAGGUACUAGUUUCAUUCUGUGCAAUGCCCCCACUACAUGAAAUAUCAUGUGCUACUCAAUAAUGUACUAAUGUUUUCCUUACAGAUGAGUUCAUGUAACCCUUGUCCUUUUUAUGGCGGUGAAACAAACAAACGGGACACAUUUUUGAAUAAAAGCUUUAUUUCAUGCCAGAGAUGCCAGUUUAUACAAAAAGACAUGUCAUGUACUGAUAAAAUUUGUUAUGUAUACAUGUAUAUAUAAUAAGAGAAAGUUUUGAGCGUUAAAACAUUUUUACAGUUCUGUGAGAUCUGGUAGAGUACAAUACAGCUAUUUUCUUG